UGCUCAUAACGCAUGUUUACGCUCAACAAUAUGGAGCCGCUUCUGGAGAUCGUACCGUUUUUGCAAAAAACCUCUCGACUCGAUUUAAAAACAGUUUCGUUAUCACACGUUCUCAGCCUUACUGGAUCAAAAGAUGGGGUCGUUCUUAUCAGUCAGUGCGCAAAUUUGUUAGGUAAUGUUCUAGAACUGACCGGAGAUAAUUCUGAUGCCAUACAGAAGGAUGCAGUAUUAGCAUUGGUCAACAUUUCUUCAGAAACAGUUGGAGCUGAAGCUUUGGUAAAUCAGUAUGCGGAACGUAUUGUACCUGUGGCUUAUGCAGCGAUUUCGGACGAAAAUUGCAAACUUGCUGAUGCUUGGAGUAUGGUACUAUGUAACCUAACACGUCCGGAGCAUCUGGUAGAGCCGAUUUUAGACCAUCUGCUUAGAAUCGAGCAUGCAAUCGAGAAGCUUACUACCUGCUUUACUCGUAUCAACUAUAACAAGCAGAAAGGACACCUAAACUACUUGGGACCCCUGUUCAGUAAUCUAUCCCAGAGUUCUCGAGGACGCGUGAUUUUCUGCAGUCAAACAACCGAUCUUCUAGUACGAAUUCUCCCAUUUGUGCAUCACGAAGAAAGUGUUGUUCGACGAGGAGGUGCCAUUGGUUUAUUGAAAAAUGUUUGCUUCGACUCAACAGUUCAUGACUGGCUUCUAAGCGGUGCGGUAGAUGUGCUUCCAUUUAUUUUGCUGCCGCUGGCCGGACCGGAAGAGUUCGAUGACGAAACGAACGAAAAGCUCCCUAUUGAACUGCAAUAUUUGGGACCGGAAAAACGAAGAGAAGAUGAUCCGGACAUUCGGAAGAUGCUGCUGGAAUCGUUGGGUCAACUGUGUGCUACCAGAAAAGGUCGAGGGUAUCUUAGGGAGCGGGGAGUGUAUGAAGUUUUGAGAGAGUUACACAAAUUCGAAUGUAGUCCAGAAGGAGACGCGAGGGUACUGGCGGCAUGUGAAAGUGUUGUCGAUAUCCUUAUCAGGACCGAAGAAGAGAUCGGCCAAGAUAAUUUGAAAACUCUAGACAUUCCGAAAGAUUUGGUGGAAAAACUCAAUCAAUUGGAAACCCAAACCAACGGAAUCUAAAUUGACAAAAACUAUGUAGAAUUAAUUAAUUGUUACGGAAUUUGAACAUAAACAUUUUGAAAGAUUCAUUUAGUGCAAGUUUUUUUUAAAUAUUAAAUCGAACAUCCUGCAUUCUCAGUAAUGUUCCGAUUCUGAACUUGUGUCAUAAACAAGCCAGCAUGAUUUUCAUUGAAAUCCAAACGUAACGAAUCUCAAUACAGUUGCGUGGUGCAACACUGAUGUCGAAAAAUGCGCC